GUAAUAUAUACUAAAUAUACUAUAUUUCUCUUUAACUAAACUUAAUAAAGAAAAUAUGAUAUCUUCAAUGGACAAUUAAUACAUGACUUAAACAGAACUUGAUGCUGUAUCAAACAUUGACAUCACAUAAAUAACAUUUUGCGAUCAGCUUCAUUUAAUUAUCCUUUCGCUUGACGAGUUUGUAUAUCGACGAUUAGGUCAAAUCUUUCAUCUUUGAUGCUGGUCUGGAAAUCAAUAUGGCGUCGGCCAUGUGUCGUUGUGUACGCCGAGUCCAACAGCUGGUUGCCUUUCUAUUUCGACGAGAUUAUUUUUGAGUGUUUUGUAUGUCAUCCAGCAUACUUGCUGAUGUUUCUGAGGAUGCGACGAUGGAGGGACAUUGGAAGACGAAACCCAGUCAUAAGGAAUGGCGUCGUAUCGCGAAGAGGGAGCGUCGUAGACGUAUCCGACAGAAAGCCGCUCAGGAACGUGAUGCCAACGAGGAGAAAUUGAGGGCAGCACUGAUGUCCAAUAUGGAGUAUUUAAAUCGGCGCGCCGAGCAGGAAAAGGAGAAGAAGGAGAAGGAAGCGCGAGAACAAGAGGAACACGCGGAACGGAAUAGACUAUGGUUGGAGGAGGAGGUAAGAGCGCAGAAGAAAUGGCAAGUUCUUCAGGAACAAAAAGCGAAAGAAGAGCAGCAAAGACUCGAGCAGGAGAUGAAGAUUCGUAAAGAAUUCGAGGCAAGGCUGGAAGCAAUACAAAAGAAGAAAGAAGAAGAAAAACGAAAACGCGAGGAGCAACUUCGAAAGCAGGAACAACUGCAGAAAGAGAUUGACGAUUACAUUGAUAAUGGAAUGAAAACACCCGAAGCUUUGCGAGAAGUCAUCGAUAAUCAACCUAGCAAAGACAUCUGUCCAUUUUUUACGAAAACAGGUGUUUGCCGAUAUGGAGAUAUGUGCUCAAAGAACCAUCGUAGAGUCUUUUUGAGUAAGGUGAUUCUUAUACCCGGAUUCUAUACACAUUUCUCGCUUGAGAAGAAUUCAGCAGAAUAUGAUACUGAUAUUGGCCUCGAAUUCGAAAGUUCAGAGACUUGGCAUCAUUUUCGCGAAUUCUAUGAGGAUGUAAUAACCGAAUUGGAAUCGUUUGGCAAAAUUAAAACGCUCAGAUGUUGCUGCAACACCGAAAUCCAUUUGCGUGGCAACCUGUACGUCGAGUAUUACACGGAAAGAGAGGCGGCCAGGGCUUGGAGGAAUCUGAAGGGACGCAGAUACGCCAGCAAGCAACUCAACUGCGAAUUCGUCAACUUGACGUCCUGGAGGAAUGCUAUCUGCGGUAUGCCCAAGUGUCCAAAGGGUAGCAGAGCUUGCAAUUUUCUUCAUACCUUCAGAAACCCGCACGAUGAAUACGGUAUUAAGAGUCCACCUCGACGGGCGAAGGGUACUUUUCAAGACUCGAAUAACAGCAAGAGAAGCGAGCGUAGUAAUAAAUCCAAAUUGGAGGAAUCUGUUCGAGAUGAUAAUGGAAAAGAUCGCAAUUGGAGAUGGUCUUCCGAAUCUCCCGAAAUUGAAAUAAACGAUUGCUCGAAAGAUUCAGAGAGGAAACGUUCCCAUUCUACGGAAAGAAGAUCGCGUAGAUCUUUACGGGAUAAAAGACACAGUCAGAGCGAAAGAUCGAGCAGUUCUAGGAGUAAAACGUCAUCCAAAAAACGUCGGUCAAGCCGUUCCAAGAGAGCUUACGAUGACGAAGACCAGGAUAAGAAGGCAAAAUUGGACAUGCACUCUUCCAAAAGGCAUGAAAAAGGGUGUAGAAAAAGAAGAAGUGAUAGUGAAAAUGGCCACAAAACCUCCAGAAGAAAGUAUUAAAGAUAUUAGAAAUGGAUACGAAAAGAAGAAAUAUGUAAAGGAAGACAGUUCCUAAAAAAAGAUCCAAAGAUAAACUGUAAAGUUAAAAAUAGUGCUUUUAAAAAUAUUGCAAACAAUUGUAUUAAGGUGACAGAAUAUGUGAAAACAACGAUUGACAAUAUUUUGUAUCCGAUCUUAGGCGGUCAGCGUACUAUUUUUUUAUUUUUUUAUUUUGAUUUUAAUUUUAACAAAAACUGUUAUUUGAUUCUGUCUCUUUACAUAUAACUGUAUAAU